CUCCAUCGUUCUUCUUCGAAAUGCCAAAAUCACCAUGACCACUCACGUCGUCGCCGGCACAGGCACUACUGCCACCGCUCUUAUUGGAAAUCUUCGCCGGAGAUCUUCUCCAGCCGCUCAAUCAAGUUCGCAUCUACCACUUAACUCCCAUCAAAACCGCUCUAACCGUCGCCGGACGUUUUCCCCAAUCUAUGCUUCUGUAUCUGCAUCUCCGGCGCCGGUUAUUAAACCGGAUGACCUCGUCGAUACCAUUCUUUCUAAGGUUACACAAACGGAUCGAGGUGUUUUGCUGACAAGGGAUGAGCACAAAAGUGUAGCUGAAGUGGUUCAAGAAUUGCAACGUUUUUGCGUGGAUGAACCUGUGAAAUGCCCUCUUAUAUUCGGAGAAUGGGAUGUAGUGUACUGUUCAAAUCCCACUUCACCUGGGGGUGGCUAUCGGAGUGCAUUUGGUCGCCUUUUCUUCAAAACGAAUGAAAUGAUUCAAGUUGUUGAAGCCCCUGACAUUGUAAGGAACAGAGUUUCCUUUUCGCUUUUUGGUUUCCUUGAUGGUGAGGUUUCCUUAAAAGGAAAGUUGAACGUUUUAGAUGAAAAAUGGAUCCAAGUUGUGUUCGAACCGCCUGAACUCAAGGUAGGAGGGUUAGACUUCCAGUAUGGUGGUGAGAGUGAAGUUAAACUAGAAAUCACAUACAUUGAUGAGAAGAUCAGAUUGGGAAAAGGCUCAAGAGGUUCCUUGUUUGUGUUUCAAAGACGCAAACCUUGAAAUGCUAGUCUUUCGAGUUUAUUCUUAUAGUAUACAACCAAUUCUAUGUACAAACAUCAUAGAAAAUGAAUCAAAUUGGAACAUUGUUCAAAGAGAACUUGUCGCGUUAUUCUGGUUGUGUAAUGUAAAACUAUCACUGUCUUCCAGCCUUUGGAAUCUAAUUUACCAAACUCAGAAGGAA